CUAGGUCCCCGCCAUCUUCCAAGUCCCCUCAUCAACCUCAAUCACAUCAUCCCUUCCAUCAUUUUUUCUCUUCUUAAUCCAAAUCAGCAAAGAUGUCCUACAACAACUUUGGCGAGCGUGACAGCGAGUUCGGCUCCCAGCGUGGUGAGUUCGGCUCCGAGCGCGAGAAUGAGAGACGGGGCGGGUAUGGCCAGGGCUCCUCCAACUACGGCUCUGAGGACCGUGACAACGAGUACGGUUCUUCCAACUAUGGCUCCAACAACCAGAGCUAUAAGAAUGACGCCGGCUACAAGGGCAACGCCGAUGGUGACGAGCCUUCCCGCUACGGCUCCAGCAACACCUAUGGCUCCGAGAAUAAGCACAGCGGCUAUGGCUCUAGCAACAACAACAACAACAACAGCUACGGCUCUGACAACAAGCAGAACAACUCUUCUGGUGACGGCGGUUUCGUUGGCAAGCUUACUGGUUUCAUGGGCGGCUCCCAGAACAAGAACGACAACGACAACCAGCAGCAGUCCUCCAACAACGAAUCCAAAGGCGGUUUUAUGAACGCCUUCAACAACAUGGCCGGUGGUGGUGCCAAGGGUGAGAAGAACGAGGAUCUCCUGGACAAGGGCAUCGACUUUGUCCAGGAAAAGUUCCUCGGCCAGGGCCCUCAAAACAACGAGAGCGCCGUCGAGCAGGCUAAGGACAAGAUGAUUGCCCAGACCAUCCGCGAUGGCUACAAGAGCUCUACUGGCAAUGAGUUCCCUAUCAAGAGCAAGGAUGACAAUAACUCGGGCAACGAGAAGAAGUUUGGUCUUUUCUAAACCGAUUAGGUCUUGAUGUCCAAGCAAAGGAAAAAGGCAUGGUUUGUUUAUGGUGAUUGGGUUAAUACUCUUUGAUGGCAGAGAGUGGAAAUUAGAUACUUGAGUAUCGUCACGAGUUUACGACAUUUCUAAUACCUACCGGAAAGGAGACAAGAUAAGUCCCUUAGUUUCUCUCACGUCCCUGAAGUUUCUCUCUCUCUUGAUGAACAUUGUUUGCGAUGUCGAAUUGAAUUUAGCUCUUGUACUCGUUCCUCGUUCUCUAGUUUAUUUCCCGGAGCUAUCCGUCCAUCAUGCCUUCUUAGCUCCACUCCUCUCCUUAGCAGCCGAAGCCGUCGUGGCCAUACUAGCCAUAAGCUCGGCAUUUCUCGCCAUCGCCUCAAACCUAAUGGCUUCUUUCUCCGUGUAACUCUUGGUCUUGGCGUCGGUCGAAGUCGCCCGCGCGGCAGUGAAGUCGCGAGUGAUGUCCCGGAGCUCGGAAGCGUUGGAACGCCAAGAGGCUGCCAUUGAGGAGCUGGAGUGUGGGUUGGAACUUGUACUGCAACCAGAGUUAAGGUUGGCAGAUUUGGAACGAGAGUUGGAGGAGUUGGAAGAGUUGGAAGAGCUGGGGUUAGAUCUGUCGGGGCUGGUGACGUAGAAAGAGAACUCGGGGGCUUUGUGGGGGUGUGGCAUUUUUCUGAUUGUGUUGUUUUCGAAGACGAUGUGAAAUCUGUAGACGCGUGGUGUCGAGGGAGUUGUUACGUAUAACUGGAGGCAUGGGAUUGGGUGGGGAUGUGAGAUCACUUAUACUUGUGUCAGUCUGGCGGCAUCAUUCAAAAUUAGAGGCUUUGGGGAAAGGGCCCAUGAGGACAGCACGGCUGUGUAGUGGUGUGUUCUUUGUGGCAUGAUGGCAACAUCAUUGAGUGGCU